UUCUCUCGCUCUCUCUCUAGAUAUGGAGUCAGCCAUUAAGACUGUGGUGACCACGUUUCUUGGUGCUACCAACGGGAAGGACAACCUUAACGGGAGUGGCUUCCAAAAGCUGGUAAAGAAACAGCUUGGUGGCAUGAUGGAGGAUACAAACCGCUCUUCUGCCAUUAAGGAGAUGCAGCAGGGUUUGGAUGAGAACAACGAUGGAAAGGUCAGCUUCCAGGAAUACCUCACUCUGAUUGGCUACCUGGCCACCUCCCUCAGUGACAGCAAGUCUGGAACCAAUGCAAAUGCAUCAUAGAUGCUUGUGUUUGGUGGAUCAGAAAAUGAACAGCCUAUCUGUUCUCAUUCAAAUCUUCUAAACAUUAGAACAGUCCAUAAUCAUUUUACAUCUAAUCACACAGUUGUAAAAUGCUCUUAAUGUCCGUCCAGAUCAGCUAUUUCUUUAGUCACACCAUAUUGAUCUCCAUUGUCAAGGACACAUUGAAGGACUGUAAGCUGGGAGUGUCUUUUUUGUACCAAUUAUACAAAAGAUGCUUACUGUAUUUUCAAAAUAAAUGCUUUGUAUAAUACAACUA